CAACAGAAAUUGAAUGCCAUGUGAGAUUUUUGUUUUGAGUCGUGUUUCUUUCAAUUUUGAUGCGUCUAAGUACACUUAGAAACAUGAAACUCUUAACCCAUAACAUGCUGACAUCUCAUGUCAAAGGCGUCAAGAAUGGCUAUCCACUAAAAAUUGAGGCUCAAGAAGUCAAAACUGUAGAAGUGGAUUUCAAUCCAGAUUUUGUUUCAAGGAUGAUUCCAAAACUAGAGUGGCGAGCUCUUUUUGAAGCGGCGCAAACUUUGGAUCUUGUGGGUGCACUCCCUCCAGAACCAAUCGCUGAAUUUGAGAGUAACGAAGAUUUUUUGAAGGAGGUUCACAGAGUAUUACUAGAGAUUGAGGUGGUAGAAGGAAAUCUUGUGUGUCCAGAAAGUGGAAGAAAGUUUCCAGUAAGCAAUGGCAUUCCAAAUAUGCUACUAAAUGAAGACGGAUCCUGAUGAGGAAAAAUACUGUAAAAACAAUGUAUGGAAUGAGGAAGGGAGAGUAGGUAGAGAGCCUAGUCGGUACACAUUGUGACGUUGUAAAUAUUAGGUUGGUUUUGUCCAAUUCGCAAACUUGUAAGGAAAUUGUUUCUUUGUGGACUUAAUGCAACUUUAGCCCAAAUGAUAGCUGGACAGGGAGAUGUUUUAAAGUUCUAUUGUUUAUUGUGCUUACUAUUACAGUUUACAUAUUUCACAGAAAAAACAAGUGAGAAGAAUCUCAAAAUAAAAAGAUCAAAGUCAACAGGUA